CGCGCAGGGGCCAUUUUGGAAUCAUUUGUUUGGCGAACAGCUCAGCUCUUCUUCACUCAGACAGCUAUAGAAGGCCGGAAACGUCAAAGAACCGAUCAAAAGUCGUUUUACACAAUUACUGAUAAGUAUGGGUCCACCAAGAAGCAAAUCUCGUCGCAUAUCUCCCGAGAGAACGGAGGAUUUCUGUUGGUUUGUCACUUUAUCUUGACAUGGCAUGGCUGGCUAGGUUGGUUGUUUGUGACGACUGAAAAAAAGAUCGAAAACAAGCGGAGAUACUACCUUGAAGCGUCAGCAAAAGAGAAAACUAUUGUACCGUUAACUGUGGGCAUAUUUAAAUGUACUCGUGUUACCCCUUGGAAGAGACGAGACGGCGCUAGUCAACUAAUAACAGGCUUAAUAACUUCAACAAUGUGGCAGCAAUAUACACCUCUCAAAAUGGUGACGACCAACAAUAGUUAGCUAGGUAGCUAGCAAACAUCGCAAGAUCCGGGUAUUCGCAGUGGUAAGGCAAGCUUUCAGUUAAAUCAAGGGAAAAUGUAAAGAGGCACAUUGUCAGCUCUUCAGCAAGGACAGGGGCAUGUUAUUACACUGAUAAGUCUAAAUUAAAAUGUAGCUGGUGAGUUUUAUAGCUAGCUGGUGGUAAAGUCUAUCGCUGCGUUGCCUAGCUAGCUAGCACAAGUUGGCUAGCUGGCCAACCAUCAAUAGCUCUCAACAUGAGGAAUGUUAUCGACAAUGGCGUAGAAGACCGUGGGCCAGUUUUAUGGCUGUAAAUACCGACAUGUCAACCUUUUCUGGUAACUUCUGUGUUUCACAUGGUGCCAAUUUGUCCUGGCAUCUACACGUGUCUGCCAUGGUCGUCUGUACCCCCUGCCAUUCAAAGAGCCGUUACUGAAGUAGUGCUUUACAAACAAAUUACAAACGAGAAAAAUACAAUAAUGAACGAAGCUCUUGGUUAUAUCAAAACGUAGGCUAGUUCUCUCAGCUCGUCUAGGCUUGUAUUUCACAGUUGAAGAGCCUGUAUCGGUAUGGGUUUCGGAAGUUAUGAGAACUCUCAUUUUUGUUGUCAUUUAGCGUUACAUUUGCAGCGACAAAAGUUACCUUAAUCUUUUUGCUUUCUGUUUUCUGAUUGAUACCCUGUGUAGAGACGAUUUGCGGGACGUUUCUUUUGGCCUUAACUUGAUUGCCCAGCUUUUACCAAUAUGAUCUCCUGAGAAAGCUACCCUGACACUGCUAAUGUAGGCCUCGACGCAGCUAAAUUUAAGCAGUCGCACUUUUCCCAUUUUAUCUAAAAUGACUUAGCUUUGGGUUUGUUUUCCCCCCUCCUAUUAGAAGUAGUAUGUAAUCCAAGUUAGUGUAGAGACCUUUACUUUCUCCUCUCUGAAAAGGGGUAACCUUAGUUCCGCGCUAGUCCGUAAGACAAAAUAACAACAACAAAAAUAGAUUCUUCAUAAAUUAUAUAAAAAAGUGAAACGAUCGUCAUUAACGAUGGGGGACGCGACUUCCCGAAGAAACCAAAUGAGAAACCGACUCCGCGCUCAACUGCGGAAGAAGCGAGAAUCCCUGGCUGACCAGUUUGACUUCAAGAUCUACAUCGCCUUCGUGUUCAAAGAAAAGAAAAAGAAGUCUGCACUUUUCGAGGUAGCAGAGGUGCUACCCGUCAUGACCAACAACUACGAAGAGAACAUCCUGAAGGGCGUGCGGGAUUCCAACUACUCCCUGGAGAGUUCCAUUGAGCUGCUGCAGAAAGACAUUGUGCAGUUGCACGCGCCUCGCUAUCAGUCCAUGCGCAGGGACGUCAUUGGGUGCACUCAGGAGAUGGACUUCAUCCUUUGGCCCCGUAACGACAUAGAGAAGAUAGUCUGCCUCCUCUUCUCCCGCUGGAAAGGGGCGGAGCAUGAGCCUUUUCGGCCUGUUCAGGCCAAGUUUGAGUUUCAUCACGGAGACUACGAGAAACAGUUUUUGCACGCCGUGGGCCGCAAAGACAAGGCUGGGAUGGUUAUGAACAACCCCAAUCAAUCUGUCUUUCUCUUCAUGGACAAACAGCACUUACAGACUCCAAAAACCAAGGCCACAGUUUUCAAGUUGUGCAGCCUGUGCCUGUACCUGCCGCAGGACCAGCUGACGUGUUGGGGCGUGGGGGAGGUGGAGGACCACCUGCGUCCCUACAUGCCAGACUAGCAACCCUCUCCUCCAGCGAGCGAGCAUCCAUCCAACCAACCCUCCAGCCCCAGCUUACCUCACCCCAACCCCCACCUACCCACUGCACCUAGCCCAGACCAGCCCCACCAAAGCAAGUUGACCUCAUCCAUAAUGUUGCUCUAUUGAAUAGAAUUGAACUUGUGCUUGGAACUCUCCUCUUUUUUUGUUGACCACUCACUCAUUCUGCUCAUUGAUUCAACCCCCUUCUGCCUAUCCAUGACCCUUUGAUCCUUCCCAAAGCCUCUCACCAUGUCCCAUCCUCGAGCCUUUCGAAAGAUUUUGGUUUGGUUCCCACUCCGCUUCACUUCACCUCCCUUCCUCAGCUUUUACCUACAAACUCUGCUCCAUCCCUCCCUCCCCACUUCCCUCUGUCACUGCCCCUUCCCUUCACACCUGUCCCCAAACCUCCAUAUGGGUUUUUUGUUUUAUUUGAACCUGCAAGAACAUUUUGAUUUGAGUGGUUGUUUCUCCAUGGAGCAGCAAAGUGAUGAUCCGCAAGUCACAGAAGGAACUUGGUGAUAAAAAAGGAAAGAAAAAACAAACAACAAAAAAAAGCAAGCAAGCAAGCAAACAUGAUCCAAUGACAGUGGUCUUCAUAUGGUCAUCUUGUUUUGGACUGGUUGUGUAUAUGUGUGUAUGUCCCGAGUCAUGAAAGAUUGUUCAACUUGGCUGUAAUAGCAUUUAAAAAGGGGGUAUUGAUUUUUUUUUAAAGAUGCUAGAGAUUUCCUGGUAAAGUGACAAUCUGUGACUUAAGGACAACCAAGCUCGGGCUCAACUCCAGAUAAUAUGCAAAGAGGUAAAGAGGUGGAUGAUUCAGUUCAUUUGGUCUAGACAUUGCUUCUUUUUUUGUCUUCAAACUGCCUUUGUUUCGCUGGACUUAACUUUUUUGUUUUGAGUGUCAUUCCUCGCCUAUAAAUCAAACCGUAUGUCUUUUGUUCCCUGUAAUUUUACAUGAUGCUAAGAUUUGGAGAUUGGGUGGUGGGGGCGGGGGGUGCAGACAGAGGUCUUGAGUUAUGCAAUGCUGGCGAGCAGAAGUGGGGGGUUUGGUCGGGUUGAGAGAGCGGUCACGGGACACCAAACAAGCCACUUGUGCACUAAGAAGCUACUGAGUAAUGCAGAUUUGGGUGAAGGGGAAACCAAUGUUUUAAAAGCUUAUUUUGCCAGACAUACCUACACAUCAAAAAAGGGUGGGUUUUUUUUUUUGAAGAUCACUAGGAUUCUUGUUUUUUGUUUUAAAUUUACAGGAACACACAGAUCUUGUAAUGGAAGAAAACUAAUUAUUGCAGUGCUUGAAUGUGGGACAAGGUUUAUCUGUAAGUCUGCUUUACUUGGCGAAUAAGACAUUAAAUCAUUUCAAUGAGUUUCUUUGUUGAAUCGUUUGCAUUUUAACAAUGAUGGUAAUGGCGCUCUUUUUUGUUUUCUUUUGGGGCGAACCCUCAUGUUUUGAAACGAUUUGAAAUAAAUCCACUCUGCUGAACCAUA